AUGGCAUGCACAGAGGAAGAGUUUUUAGAGAUAUUGGGAAGUGAAGUGUCAAUUGAUAUGGACAAAUUGGUAGCAGUCUCUCGACACGGAAUACCAGAGCGUGUAAGAUCUGAGGUUUGGAAGUAUCUUGUCGGUGUAUCAAAGAAUGACAAGUCUGAAGAAGAAAGAGUUAAAAAGCAACAAGAGAUUGAUUAUAAAGAGAUUGAUAAAAAUGAUGCAGAGAUUACCAAAAAGAUUAGAAACCAUUUAAAACGUUAUCAAAUACAUAGUAAAGAAUCAACAAAGCUAAAGAUUGAUUUUCAAGGUGUCGACAUUAGAAACAAGAUUGAAAAUAUUAUCAUCUCAUACAUCAACUACAACAAUGACAUUGAAUACAACUUUGGAAUGUUGGCCAUACUUGGUCCAUUCAUGUGCACUCUACAAUCUGAAAGUGAUAUCUUUCAUUGCUAUUGUGCAAUGAUGAAAAAGAUUGAAGAGAAUCUUGCUCAAGAUAGUCUAACCUCUAGGUUAUCAAGAUUUAUGAUGUAUUUUAGAUCUGUCAUUCCUGAAUUAUUUAGUCAUUUUGAAGAAGAAGAAAUCAAUAGUAAUGACUGGGCGAUGAGUUGGAUUAGAUAUUUACUAUCGGUAGAGUUACCAUUAGAUUGUGUAUUGAGAUUGUGGGAUAGUUAUCUAUCUGCACAACUAGGAUUAGAUCUUCAUGUCUAUGUUUGUUUGGCUAUUCUCAUUAAUUUUUCAGAAGAGUUGUUAGAGUUGGAGCACUCUGAAAUAUUGGCAUUUCUUCAACAUCUACCAGGUAUAGAUAUGGAUCAAAUCAUCGCACAAGCAUAUAAUAUCAGAGAUGAUAUUAGAUCAAAUAAUGAAUUAUAG